AAGUACCGCAAGAAACCUGGCACAAUCCCAUAUCACUAUUUGAGUUUGAAAAACAAAAUCAAAUAUUGGUGUUCAUCUAAAUCCUUUUGUGAAAAGAUGACUGCACACUGGAAGGAAAAGGAGAGAUGGAUUCAUGGAGUUUCUUCUCAUCGUCGGCAAGAUCCUCUUUUGCGAGAGAUUUGGGAUGGGGAACGAUUUGCAGAACUCAGCUGGUUUUGGGAUCCAGAUCGAACAUGGUUGCUUCAAGUUAGGUGUCAACAGUGGAUCAAUUGUCAGUUCAGAUGUAGUUUCUUCAUUGCCUGACAGCAAUAUUCAAGGUUUUAAGAGAGUUCAUUGUCCAAUGUGUCACUCCACUUGUGACUAUUUUUUGGAAUUUGCUAAAGGUGAUCCAAGGAACAUUGCCCUCAUAGGGCAAUGGGAUGGCUGGCAACCAUUUUCAACUUUAUGCAAACAUAGCUGUGGUUCAAUAGAAGUACAAGUAGCUACAAUGUCAAAAGAAGAUCGUUCAAAGAUAGAGGAAGUGUAUGUUUGUGGAUUUGUACCAUGAU